AUGACGAAAGAAAAAACACAUGAGAGCGCUGCGAGCGAGGGGGCAUCGCCGGAGGAACUCGACAAUCUCCGGCGGAGCACGUUUAAAGCAAAACAGCAACAACCGGGUGACCAACAAGCCACUCCAGUCCUAUCUCGGAGAGUUAUUUCCUACAAAGAUAUCUGUGUUGGUAUCAACGGGAGUAACCGGGAUGAGGAUGAGGAGGAUGCUUAUAUUGAUAACUCAGGAUCUGAUGUCGAUGAGGAUGCUGAGGAAGUGGAGGAAGGGGAUGAGGAUAUGGAGGACAACGUCCAACAAGAUCCCCUCUUCCCGGUGAUCAAGAUUACCAAACGGGAACUGAAGGAAGCAUGCAAGCCAUGGCGUAAGGCGAUCAUCGUCAAGCUCUUGGGCAAGAAACUGGGGCUCAGCCUUCUCAGGAUUCGUUUGGAGCGCCUCUGGCAGCCGAUGGGGGAUAUGGAGGUGAUCGAUCUGGAUAACGAAUUCUACAUCAUUCGAUUCAGUAAUGCUGCAGACUAUGGCCAUGUGUUCAACGGUGGCCCUUGGGUGAUAAUGGGACACUACCUAGUCAUCCAACAAUGGAAGCCAGGUUUUGUGCCGGAGGAGGGGAUCCCAGGGAAGGUUGCUGUCUGGGUUCGCAUCCCUAAAUUCCCUGUUGAAUUUUAUGGCAAGUGUUUCCUCUGGCGAAUUGGAAACAACUUGGGUCGCAUGGUGAGGAUUGAUGACCAUACCAUGAAAGUAGCUAAGGAUGGUGGGCAGUCCAAUAUUGGCAAUGAACGCUGCCGUUUUGCGAGAAUUUGUGUGGAGGUUGAUCUUAGGAAAGCACUAGUAGCAAAGUUCACCAUGAAUGAUCAAACCUACAAUGUGGAAUAUGAAGGCUUGAAUCUGAUCUGUUUCCAUUGCGGUAGGUUUGAUGCUCUGCGGAAUCAGGGGGAGUCCAGUAACGCUAAAAAUGUGGAGAAUUCCCUAGAUGUUGAUGAGGUGAUAGCAAUCAAUGAUGAGCCCAUGAUUGAGAAUGGACCUACUAGUCAACAACUGUUGGAGAAUAAUGUGAACAUUAAGGUGGCAGAUGCUCCUACAAUUAGUGCACUGGAUAUUCCUUUGGAUAUUAAUGUGACAGCCACGAUGAAUUGUCCAGGUGGCAAGGACCAACAUGUGGGGUCCGCAGCUGGCAUGGGAGUGAACAAAACUAGCACUGUUCACCAGGAAACCUCCAAUUCCCUAAAUUCUGUAAAAAAGAGAGCACGUGGGAAGGGCUCUGGUGCGAUUAUUAAUUCUAAUUCUCCCCCAGUGGCUGCCCGUCCAGUGAUUCUUGGAGGCAUCCUCAGUAAAGAGAAGAAAUCUCAAACCAAGGACUAUUUGUUUGGUGGUGAUGUGGACGAGUUCCGGCGUGAACGGGAGAGAAGCCUAGGUGCGGGUGCUAAAGGUUUCCCUCUGUUAAUGAAGGACCUUGUCAGUAGACAUUCUAUCUCCUGUGUUGCCCUCUUUGAAACUAGGGUAAGUGGUGCCAAAGCUAAGGCUCUUGCUAGGAAGCUUGACUUCCAAGGUAUCCACAUUGAGGAUGCGGUUGGGUUUUCUGGGGGCAUUUGGCUGUUCUGGGAUACUAAUGUUCUUAGGUUGGAUAUCUUAGUCUCUCACCGCCAGUAUGUUCAUACCAAAGUCUUCUUCCUUGAUAAUUCUGAGGUGGCUUUGGCUACCUUUGUUUAUGGUAGUCCUCAAGCUAGCAUGCGUGAUACCCUCUGGGCCAAUCUUGUGUCUACCACUCCGGCUCCGGAUACCCCUUGGAUCGCUAUUGGAGACUUUAAUGCCUACCAGGAAGCUUCAGACAAGUGUGGUGGUGCCGGUUUAAAUCUUCAGUCCAUGCAAAAAUUUAUAUCUUGUCUCUUCUCCUGUGGGUUGUCAGACAUGGGUUUUAAAGGCCCUCCCUUUACUUGGGAGGGUAGAGGGGUGAAAGAAAGGAUUGAUAGAGGAGUGUGUAACCCUCAGUGGCUCCAUACUUUUCCUGAAUCAGUGGUGCUCCAUCUCCCUCAGUUGAAAUCUGACCACAAGCCUCUCUUGCUUGCUGUGUCCGGGAUUGUUGAUCAUCGUGCUUUCUCAAGGCCUUUCCGGUUUCAAGCUGGAUGGCUCACUCAUGAAGACUUCCCCAGGUUAAUGGCUGACUCUUGGGAUCCAGGGGAGGAUUGGGUAUCGAAUGUUGACAAAUUCAGGAAUGCUGCUGUCACCUGGAAUGAUGAUGUCUUCGGCCAAAUCUUCCAUAGGAAGCGGCGCAUCAUGAAACGUCUGGAGGGGGUGAACAAUCGCCUCAACAUGGCCUUUGAUCGUGGAUUGGAUAACUUACAGAAGAAACUAUGGAAAGAAUACCAUACUGUUCUGCUACAGGAGGAAUUAUUUUGGGCCCAAAAAUCAAGAUGCCUCUGGUUCCAAUUUGGGGACAGGAAUUCGAAAUUUUUCCACACAGCUACUCUUAUCCGUCGCAAGAGGAAUAAGAUUGAAGCACUCAUUGAUGAAAAUGGUAACUUGUUAACUGAUUUUGAUGUGCUCCAGGACUAUACAGUCAAUUUUUUCCGCCAUGGCUUUAUGGAUGAGGGUGGGGCGUCUUCUCUCUCCACCUCGUGUACGUUCCCAGCUAUCUCAGUUAGGGCAAUGAAUUUCAUCCAGGCUGGGUUUAGUGGUGCAGAGGUUAAGGAUGCUAUCUUUAGUAUGGGCCCGUUGAAAGCGCCUGGUCCUGAUGGCCUUCAGGCCGUGUUCUUCCAAUCUCAGUGGGAGCAUGUGGGGGACACGGUGACCAGAUUUGUUCUCCAUUGCUUUGACGACUCUUCCCAAGUUAGCUUGGUGAAUGACACGCUCCUGGUUCUUGUGCCCAAGGUUGAUGCCCCCGAGCGUAUUACUCAGUAUCGUCCGAUCUCUCUAUGUAACGUGAUCUAUAAAACUGUCACCAAAAUGAUCACUAAUAGAUUGAGAAGGAUUAUGGGGGAUCUUGUUUCACCUAACCAGUGUAGCUUUGUUCCGGGAAGACAUAGUUCUGACAACAUUGUUAUUGCCCAAGAGGUUUUCCACUCCAUGCGCUUCUUGAAAAGGAGACUUGGAUGGAUUGCGAUUAAGGUGGACCUGGAAAAAGCAUAUGAUAGAUUGAAUUGGUCUUUCUUGCAUGAGACUUUAAGACUGGUUGCGUUUAAUGGGGGUAGAUCGUCUUCUUUCACCCCUCAACGAGGCUUGAGACAAGGAGACCCCCUAUCCCCUUAUCUUUUCGUCCUCUGCAUGGAAAGACUGGCCCAUAGUAUUGGUGAUGCAGUGUCUUCUGGAGCUUGGAAACCAAUUAAGCUCUCAAGGAAUGGACCACCUAUCUCUCAUCUUUUCUUUGCAGAUGAUCUCCUUCUCUUUGGUGAAGCUACUUUGGACCAAAUGGAGUGCAUUAUGGGGUGCCUGAAUGGUUUCUGUAGUGCUUCAGGGAUGAAAGUUAGUAUCCCCAAGACUCGCUUGAUGAUUUCCAAGAACGUGGGGUCAGCAGUGUCUAGACAGCUCUCGGAUCUAUCAGGAAUUUCCCUGACGUCUGAUUUGGGUAAAUAUCUGGGAGUCCCUCUAGCCCAUAAGAGGGUGACCUCCUCUAGCUACCAGUAUAUUCUUGAUAGAACUCAGACUCGUCUCUCAUCUUGGAGAUCCCAGAUGUUAAACUUUGCAGGUAGGGUUACUCUCACUAAAUCUGUUAUUGCUGCCCUCCGUACAUAUAGUAUGCAAACUUGUCUUCUGCCUAAGACAGUGUGUGGUAAACUUGAAAAAAUUCAGAGAGAUUUCAUCUGGGGUUCCACGGAUAGACCUAAUGGUGCUCACUCUAUUGCAUGGGCCAAGCUCUGUUGCCCUAAGCAGAAUGGUGGUCUAGGCCUCCGCAGGAUGCAUGAUUUUAAUAAGUCUCUUGUUAUGAAGCUUGGUUGGGGUUUGGUAUCGACCCCAGAUGCGCUUUGGGCUAGGGUUCUUCGUGGUAAGUAUUCGUGUGGUACUGAUCAUUUCCCAGUGGUGCAACGUAAGAGUCGUGAGUCUCAUGUUUGGCGUGCUAUUAGAGUUACUUGGCCGGAUGUGGAUAAAAACCUUCGUUGGAGAAUUGGUAGUGGUUCCUCCGUUCGUUUCUGGUAUGACUCUUGGGUUUUCUCAGGCUCUAUCUUGAUUAAUUGUGCCAUAUCAGAAAUUUCACCCGUCGAUGCUAUCAAGUCUGUGGCGGAUUAUUUUGACUUUGAUCGCGGGUUGUGGAGAUUUGCUCUCUUCCAGAACCUCAUUCCGCCUGAUUUAUUCUCAGAGAUUGUUGCCAUGCCUCCUCCGGCAACUAACAUUGGACCAGACCGCAUUUGUUGGAACCUGAAAUUCUAG